AUGGCACUUGAUAGAUUUCGUGAAAUUAAAGCAAUAUCACAAGUAGAAAUGGAUUUAUGUUUUUUAGGAAUGAUUGAUGAAAGUAUUAAACCUAUCAAAUCUGCAUCGAAAACACCAAAGUUGUAUUUAGUAACAAACUAUAAUUUUUCAGAGAUUUCAAUUUGCCAAACAGCUUGGUUAACAAUUCAUGAAAUAGUUGAAGUGUUUGGAGUAUAUGAAGAAGAAAUUCCACAUCAGAUUAAUUACCUUAUUCCUGAAAAUGAAAGUGUUGGAAAGGGUGCUGAUGCUGUUAUAUCACUCGUUCAUAACUAUUUUAUAUUUUACGAUGCAGUACCAAAUGAGAUGAGUAUUGCACAUGUUAAUUCAAUUCCUCGUACAGAAAAAGAAGAAAUAAUAAUGCCAGAAAUUAUGUCUGCAUCUGGAUUAAGUCUAAAUCGACAAUGGUAUUUAUACAAUGAAGUAUGA